AGAACUUGUUCCAUCGUCAGCACGAGGGCGGAAUCAGUGAAAGGUCAUUACAAAUGACAGAUAGUGGUGGUAAUCCCAAGAACUUUAGGAAUGAGCUAUCGAGCCUGUCGAAUAUGGAGGCUCAACAGUGGGAGUCUCCAGCUACGUCAGAGGUUCCCCAUGGGGAGCAGCUAGGGCAUCAGCUAGAACAACAGCUGAGGCAAAAGAAAGAACAGCAGGAGGAGCAGCAGACAGAACAGCUCCAUGGCCAUCGCAGUAUUCAACAGGCAUUCCAAGAUACACAGCUGUCCAUGGGCGAUACCAACAUCACCUCGCUGAGUAGCUCCAUCACUGCAUCUGCCAAUAAUAGCAGCACUGCGGUAAACCAGCUAAUUGAAACCACUGCCUCUUCAAUCCACUCUGCAAGGCCAUCAGAGGCGGCGUCACUGUACACAACGACCACGACGAAUACAGCUGAACUCAAGGACUCCAAAAGACUCAAUACAGUGAAAGCCACCUCUGAGGGACUGAGACUGAGUACUUUCGAACCAGCAACGACCCUAUCACAAGUGACUAGCACAGUUGGCGUGAAAAACUCAUCUCGUCCAGCAUCGGUCUUCAACUCAUCUGUUCCAAAUCGCUCCAGCGUUCACGAGAAGAGUAUUCCGAUUGCUAUAAACCGCCAUCCUCAGCAUUCACAGCAUAGAUUCGAUGAUGAUAACAUAUCGCAGAUGAGUACAUCAUCUUUGGCAACUUCAUUAUCGAAGAGUUUCCUCUUUGGUUUCUUGAACAACAAGAAGAAGGUUAACAAAACUGGUGGCCUCAUCUCUAAAGAGUACUGGAUGAAGGAUGAAACUUCAAAUGAGUGCUUUAUCUGCAGUAGGCCCUUCACCACGUUCAGGAGAAAGCACCAUUGUCGGAUAUGCGGGCAGAUCUUUUGUAGCGCAUGUACAACGUUGAUAUCCGGUGAGAAAUUCAACCACAGUGGGAGAAUGAGAGUGUGCAAGACUUGUCUGAGUUUCGCAAAUGAAUAUAACGAUUCAAGUGACGAAUCUUCAUUCAUAGAGGAGAACAGCUUUGCAGACAAAACUCAGACUUUAGACCAAGACCAGGACAGCUUACGAGCUAGUACUCCGGAUGACAAUUCUACUCCUAUCUUGACUGCACCGACACCGCCUCCACGUAUGGCAAUACCUGCCACCAGGAAUGGGGAAUCAGUUGAAAUACCUGUCUCACGUUCAUUAAACUCAAGAAUGUCAUCGUUGCACACAACGAAUUUUGGAAGAAGGAAGAAUUUCAGUCGACAAGAUGAGAGUAAUCACCUCUCAUCUUUUGCUGUGAAUACCUCAAGAAACCCAAUAGAGACAUCUUUUGCAGAGUACGUCAAAACACAUGGGGUUGCAGGUGCAUUUAAUUUCAACAAUGACUCUAGCGAAAGAUAUGAAAACUCAGUGGUGGACUCAAAUACCCCAUCUCAUUUAUAUUCAGAUUCUGAGGAUGAAAACUCAAUGUCUAUAUACGCAGCUUUGAAUUUGAAUCGUUCAGAGACCGAGCCUUUGUCUUCAGAGAAUAAACAGAGGUUGACGAGGAGCAAUACCAGAUCUAUGGAAAGAGCCCAGGCUUCGCUGUAUAGAAUGAAGAAUCGCAGAAAGAGCAAGUGCAACCCCAGACCCCAACUUCAACGCUCUCCUAUGUGUGGAUCGGAGAUCAACAGUUCUGCUUUGGCUCUCUCAUCUCCUAUUUUAAGCUCACCAACGUUGAACGUUGUUACACAGGAGCCGUUGUCACCCAAUGAGUUCAAAUCGGAGCUCAAUGCUGUUUGUGAGAUGCACUUUAAAAAUAUAAUGAACCAGGUUUUAAACGAUGAAGAAGUUCCUGAAGUAUCUAAAUGGGAAGAUGUUCUGACGCCUAUUCUCCAUAAUAUUGAAGAUAUAGAAUAUGACGUGAAGACUGGUGAUAACAUGGAUAUUAGACAGCACAUAAAGUUGAAGAGAUUGAAUGGUGGAAAAGCAUCAGAUACGCAUGUUGUUAAUGGUGUGAUAUUCUCCAAGACAUUGGCUUUGAAAACCAUGCCGAGACAUAUAUCCAACCCAAGAAUUGCUUUAAUAAUGUUUCCAUUGGAGUAUAUGAAAACUGGUCAGCAUUUCAUGAGUCUGGAACCGAUUAUCCACCAGGAGCGAGAGUACAUUCAUAAACUAGUGGGCCGUAUAUUGGCAUUGAAUCCAGAUGUUGUUUUUGUGGGUGCUACAGUUUCUGGUUUGGCCCUCAAGCUUUUAGAAGAGUCAAAUGUUGCAGUCGCUUACAACAUGAAACCGCAAGUUAUCGAAAGGAUCGCAAGAAUGACACGGGCAGAUAUUGUGACAACAAUGGAUAAACUUGCUCUCAAUCUCAGGCUAGGAACGUGCAGUUCUUUGGAUGUGAAAACGUAUGCCUACAGAACCAUGACCAAAACUAUGAUUUUUUUGACGGGCUGUGACCAUCAGCUUGGUGCAACUAUCUUGUUGAGAGGUGGUGAUGAAGACUUAUUGAGAAAAGUUAAAGAAUCCACAGAAUUUAUGGUUUACGCUUUGUGUAACCUGAAACUCGAAAGCGCAUUCUAUCGGGAUAGUUUCAUAUAUCUAUCACAGGACUUUUACACGAAGAUGAUUGAGAAUAAAACAAAACAAGAUAUUGAUGGAUAUGGAGGGGCAUUUCUCAAAUUAUUAGGAGAGCGAAUCUUAUCAGUAUCUCCAACAGUUAAGUUUGACCCACCAUUUCUUCUUACAAGAGCGCGUGAAAUUGAGGCUAAAAUAGUUGCAAUGAGUUCCUUGAAAGAGAGAGUCGAUCACAAGUGUUUUACCAUUAAGGAUGGACUGGAAGAUCUGAAACCAUUUAUAGAAUCACUUGAUAGACCACCCGAGGAGAUCCAAAGAAUCACUAGCUACCUGGUUGAUAAAAAGAUCGAAUUGCUUAACGAGAGGUUUUCAACCCGAUCUAGACAAUGGGAAUUGUUCACAUCUUUUUGUCCAAACAUGCUAAAUCCACAACGCCAUCAGAAUAUCGGGUUCUUGUAUUCUAUGGUUUGCAUGAAGAACUCAACACCUUGCGUCGGACCUGUGACCUUACAAAUAGACUACUACUGGGAUAAUGAUAUGACUCUGGCCCAGUAUGUCGAGCAUUUAACAUCUUGUGCAAACACUCUUUGUACUGAGGGAUGUGGUGUUAGCCAGAAGGACCAUUACAGAACCUAUGUUCAUGGUGACGGAAAGCUCGAUGUAAUUAUUGAGCCAUUUUCUACACGUAUACCUACUGUUCCUAAUGUUAUUUUGACCUGGAGUUAUUGCAAAGUUUGUGGUCACACAUCGCCAUUCCUUCCAAUGAGUGAAACUACCUCGAAGUUCUCGUUUGGAAAGUUCUUGGAGUUGAUAUUUUGGAGUGAGCGUAAUUCAUCCACGAAUUUGGGUAAUUGCUCACACGAUUUUGCAAAAGACCAUAUCAAGUACUUUACUUUGAACGAUCUUACAGUCAGAAUAGAAUACUCAAAGGUUGACUUACUUGAAUUGAUUGUUCCGCGACCAAAACUAUUAUGGAGACCACAGACAAAUGUGCAGUUCAAAAUCGACAACUAUUCUCAAGUUAAAGAGAAAACACAAUUGUUCUUCUCUAGUGUGUCAGCGAGAUUAACAAGAGUGAAGGUGGAUUCUAUCUCUAAUGACAAGAUGGAAGCUGGGCAGAAGAGAAUUGAACAAUUGAAACAACAAGUCUCUGAACAACAAAAAGAAGUUGAAUCAAAAAUUGAAAAGAUUUACAACACCUCAGAUCCCGGUGAUUACCUACAACUGAAUUCUGUUUUGAGAUUUGUACAAGAUUUAAGUGUGGAGUGGGAUGAAGAAUUUGCACGCUUUGAAGCCGACUACCUGCCUUCCGAGAAAGAUAUUGCUAGAAUCACUGCACAACAGUUGAAACGGUUUUUCCUUGAUAAUGAGAAAACAGAUGAAUCUGAUGCUGAUGAUAAGAGUGUUAUAUCACAGUCUUCGGAGCUCAAAGAGAAGAAUGCAGAACCAAAGGAUAUUACUACUGUGAAGACUCCAACUUCUACAGUGGAACACCGUGUAAGUCCAAAAGGAAGAGUUUUAGAGGAGGUUAACAAGUUUGAGAGAUUAGCUAGUGAAAACGAAGUGGACACAUUAUCAGAUAGAAAGACGAUCAGUGGGAGUGCCACUCCAACUCGUCCUUCAAAGUUGAGACAAAUCAGUGGAGAAAUCCCUAAAUUACCCAGAGCUAAGAGCUUUGGAAUUCAAGAGGGUAUUAGUGGGUUUGACGUUCCACGUCCAACCUUUAGACCAAGGUUUGGAAUUAGCACUAAGGAUUUGGAACUUCAAUUACAAGAGGGAAGACAGAGAAGCUUGAGCUCAAAUUCGAGUCCGACACUUUCCAAGUUUGACACUAGUAAAGAAGAUAGCAAGGUGAUGAAACUGACGAAUUAUUUUGAUCAAAUUCAUUUUGAAACAUUAUCCAAGGAGUUUGAGAUGCGUCGUGAAAAGGAGAGGUUGAAAUUGAUCCAAAAUAGAUAUAAAGCCGCCCCGGUUUCUUCUUCAAAACCUAUUGUUGAAAUCUACAAGAAUGUUGAUGAUGCUGUUAAUGAAGAGGACGCCGAUGAUUUGAAAAUUUCAAGCAACAAACCUGUGGAUGGCGACGAGAACGAAUCCGGCACCAGAUUGGACAAUGGUGUAAAAGAUGAGUCCUUGAAGAGUGCCAUUGGACCGACUGAGAAAGUUUCACUUAUGAAAACACUUGCAAGUUUCUGGGCGGAUAGAUCUGCCACUUUGUGGAAACCGUUAGAGUACCCACUGUCGUCAUCUGAACACAUCUUUGCUGAUUCUGAUGUUAUCGUUCGUGAGGAUGAACCAACGUCGUUGAUUGCAUUUUGUCUGAGUUCUUCAGACUAUGUUCAGCGGUAUGAGUCGUUCGAUGAUGAUUUAGAGUCUACAAUGUUGAAGAAGACCUCCGUCCAUUUGAAGUAUCAAUUCCAAGAUGGCGAUACACAGUUAUCUUGUAAGUUGUUCUUUGCAGAACAAUUCGAAGCCUUUCGUCGAAAGUGUGGGUUACAGGAUAAUUUUGUUAGAAGUUUAGCUAGAUGCAUCAAAUGGAAUUCCACUGGUGGUAAGAGCGGGAGUGCAUUUUUGAAGACUUUGGAUGAUAGAUUUGUCAUCAAGGGACUUUCCACAUCUGAGUUAGACUCAUUUGUGAAGUUUGCUCAAAGUUAUUUUGAGUAUAUGGCACAAGCACUUUUCCAUGACUUACCAACGGUUAUAGCCAAGAUCUUUGGAUUUUAUCAGAUCCAUAUGAAGAAUCCCUAUACCGGCAAAACCAUAAAGAUUGAUGUAUUAAUCAUGGAGAACUUGUUUUAUCAAUCUCCAAAAAAUUUACGUAUUUUUGAUUUGAAAGGCUCCAUGAGAAACCGUCAUGUGGAGCAGACCGGUAAGGAGAACGAGGUGUUAUUAGAUGAAAACAUGGUUGAGUAUAUCUACGAGAGUCCACUGUUUGUCAGGCAAUACGACAAGAAACUGCUGAGGUCCUCCUUGUGGAACGAUACCAUUUUCCUUUCGAAGGUUAACGUUAUGGAUUAUUCGCUGGUCAUUGGUAUUGAUGACGAGAACCAGACUCUCACUGUUGGCAUAAUCGAUUGUAUUAGAACUUUUACGUGGGAUAAGAAGCUUGAGAGCUGGGUGAAAGAGAAGGGGCUUGUUGGCGGAGGAACAAAAGAACCAACGGUUGUUACUCCUAGACAGUAUAAGAACAGAUUCCGUGAGGCUAUGGAUCGUUACAUAUUGAUGGUUCCAGACUGUUGGUAUCAGGAUACCGGCCGGUGAUACAAAUAUAUGGGGUCCUUAUACGAUUUUGCACAUUGUAGAGUUUGUAUUACCAAUGCGGACGCGGCACUGUGUGCAUGUAUCACGGUCAUCCUAUCUUCCAGUAAUG